CCCUUUGCUUUACUAAUUUUUAUCCGAACAGUGUUAGGGUUGUUUGAGCACUGUUGGUUUUUUUUUCCAUUAUUCUGCACUGUUUUCUGGUUUUUUUCAUAUUUUUCUUGCCUAGCUGGAAUCUGGCCGGAAUUCCCGGAUGGUGCCGGAUUCUGGGGAAAGUUAGCCGCUAAGUUUUUUGGGCUGGGGGGCCUUUGUUUCUUCUUUACUUCUGGGCCAAGGCCCGAUUGUAUAUUCUCUAGUUAGAUCAAGUAUCUUAACUAAUGUUUACUUUAAUUAAUCAAACUCAAUUAACCUAAAUCUCGAGUCAAUCGGUCAAUGGUCGACCUCCUUAAAAUCUAAUUUAGUCCCCAUCUUUUGGAGAUUGUGCAAUUAAACCCUCAGUUUUCAGUUUGUUUAAAAUGCACCCAAAAGCUUCGAACGUGUACAAUUUCGUCCCUCUAUUUUAAGGGUGAGCAUUAGGAUCUUUAAAUUUGAAUUUGAAUUUCAAUCUAAAGAAAGAAGGAAGCAGUACUUGCCAUGGGAAUUCUUGAAAGGUUUUGGCUGGUCAUCCUUAUUGCAACACCGUUAGCAGCAAUUGCAGCAGAACUUCCUAUUGCAAAACCUGAUUGUCAAGAUAAAUGUGGUGACGUAAGUAUUCCAUAUCCAUUCGGUACAAGAGAAGGAUGUUACUACAAUGAAGGUUUUUUCAUAGGUUGCAAUGACACCAUUAGUCCCCCAAUAGCAUCUGUCGGGAAUGUUAACGUCACCAACAUAACUCUUGAAGGCACGAUUCACAUAACGCAAUAUAUAGCCCAUGAUUGCUAUGAUGAGUUUGGUUACCGAACUUAUAACAUCCAAUCCUCGUUCGGGUUAGGUUUAAACGGUAGUUAUACUAUUUCUGACACUAAGAACAAGUUUGUUGCUAUUGGCUGUGAUACGACAGCAUAUAUACAAGGUUUCCAAGGGGAUAAGAGCUACACUGCAGGUUGCAUAACCAAAUGUGAUAGCAUUGAUUAUGUAAACAAUCACACAUGUUCUGGUAUUGGCUGUUGCCAGACAUCCAUUGCCAAAGGAACGAACAACUUCACUGUAAGAGUGGUGGAAAGCAGCGAAAAUCAAAGAAUUUUGAACUUCAGCCCUUGUAGCUAUGGCUUUAUCGUGGAAGAAAGCAAGUUCAACUUUUCUUCAAAUAGUCUUCUCCACUACCAAAAUGUUAGUGUACUCCCUAUGGUGCUUGAUUGGUCAAUUCGAGACAUCAACCAAACAUGUCGUAAAGCUAAUGCAUGCCAAAGACACAGCGACUGCGUUCCUGUUGACGAUGGGUAUCGAUGCAAGUGCUCAAAAGGUUUUGAAGGAAAUCCAUACCUACCUAGUGGUUGCCGAGACAUAGAUGAGUGUUCACCCCCUAAUCUCAAUGAUUGUAAAGGUAUGGCGACCUGCAUCAAUACAGAAGGAAGUCAUAACUGUUCGUGCCCCGAAGGUUACCAUCUUGUUGGAAAUGGUACUGAAAAAGGUUGCAUUGCAAACAAUCGACAUAACUGGAAUCUAAUUCUAGUCCCUGUAGGGAUUGGAGGCCUUGCAUUAUUCCUAGUAGCUGGCACUUGGCUGUUCUGGGGAUAUAAUAAAUGGAAGCUCAUCAAACUCAAACAGAAGUUCUUCAUGCAAAAUGGAGGUUUGAUGUUGCAACAGCAAUUAUCCAACCAUGAAGGAUCUGCAGAAGCAGCUAAAAUUUUUACAGUUGAAGAACUCAAGAAGGCCACAAACAACUUUGAUGAUAGCGGAGUUAUAGGUCAAGGAGGUUAUGGGACAGUGUACAAAGGAACUCUUAGAGAUGGGAGAAUUGUUGCAAUCAAGAAGUCCCGCAUUAUUGAUCAAAGUCAAAAUGAGCAAUUUAUAAAUGAAGUGGUUCUUCUUUCACAAAUCAACCACAGAAAUGUGGUGAAGCUGUUAGGUUGUUGCUUAGAGACAGAAGUCCCAUUGCUAGUUUACGAAUUCAUUAGCAAUGGCACUCUUCACCAUCACAUCCACAAUAAAAGUAAGGCUUCAUCAUUGACUUGGGAAAUCCGCUUAAGGAUAGCAACAGAAACUGCGGGAGUGCUAUCAUAUUUGCACUCUGCAGCCUCUACUCCAAUCAUUCAUAGAGAUAUAAAGUCUACAAACAUACUCUUAGAUGAUAGCUACACAGCAAAAGUAUCUGAUUUUGGUAUUUCAAGGUUGGUUCCACAAGACCAGGCUGGAAUAUCUACAGUUGUUCAAGGAACUAUUGGAUACUUGGACCCUGAAUACUUGCAUUCAAGCAAAUUGACAGACAAAAGUGAUGUUUAUAGCUUCGGAGUUGUCCUUCUUGAGCUUUUGACUGGAGAAAAGGUACUUUCCUUUGACAGGACAGAGGAAGAGAGAAAUCUUUCCAUGUAUUUUCUCUCUGCAAUGAAAGAUAAUUGCUUGGGAAAAAUUAUUGAUGGUUGUAUAGUGAAUGAAGCAAACAUUGAGCAGCUUAAUGAGGUAGCUAACCUGGCAAGGAGAUGCUUGAGUGUAAAAGGGGAGGAAAGGCCUACAAUGAAGGAAGUGGCUAUGGAAUUAGAGGGACUGAGAAGGAUGACAAAGCAUCCAUGGGCUAACGAUGCAUGCGAUGCAAAAGAGGUAGAGUACUCGCUUGGUGAAACAUCUGAUAAAUCUGGUCAUGACUUUGAUGUUAGUGGUAGCACGAGUGUCGUCUCCAAUACCUUUCCAGAUCAAGUAGGAUUUGCAGUUCACAGUAGGAGAUAAACACAAGUUUCUUGGUGAUUGGUUUAUACCCAUUUAUUGUACUGCCAAUCAUAAAACCCAAAAAAAAAAAAAAAACAAUGGGGGAAUGGAAGAGACCACAUUCUUGUAGAUAGGAUUCUCUUUCUAAUUUUCAAUAUAUUGUCCUUGGUAUGUGCCGUGUGAUAAAAGAGUGAAUUUUACUUAGAUGCUUAAUAAUUAAUAUUUUAAUUAUGUUAAUUGUAUUGGAGCCAUGUAAUGUAAUUUGUCUUUUUGUAUUUCAGUAGAUAGUGGUCAAAACAAGUAGUUUAUACAAUAUAAGAAGCAAGCUCCAUAUAUCAGUAAAUGAUAUCAAAUGAA